UUGUAUAUGACUAACCUUAUACUUUAUUAUACUUACCAAUAACAAAUAUGAACUGUUGUGCUUUUUGAAUUUUGGAAAAUCUGUCAUAUGAAAAUUAAUGAGUGUUUCCCUUUCUUCUGUUAUUUUGCUUUAUGUGGUCUACAAAAGAACACCUCUUCACUGAAGAUGACCCACUCUGAUUACCUGCCAUUAAGCUUUAUGGAAAUUCAGUGUAGAUCCUGCCCUAGUUUGAAUUAAGCAAUCUGGAAUACUCUAAAAGAAAAUAAAGCCAAAAUAGCAUUUUCUAAUUGCUUUAAAAAAAUGUAUUUUAACAAUUUAAUAUAAAGUCCAAACUACGUUUACACACAUCCUUUCAUAGUGACCCAUGUUAUAGAAUUACACCUACCAGGACUUUCAAGGACUUUACAGCUUCCAUAAGGAUCCUCCAAGAAGAGAAACAGCGUAGUGGUGGACAACAUUUUCAGAAACCAAAGGUUUCUAGAAAGAAAACGACUAUGUUGCACCUAAAGAAACACUUCACAUAGGAGCUGAUUCAGAUGGCCAUCCUGUUAAGUCUAUGCGGAGUAAGAUUGAAUGUGGGACUAGAGCCGUACCUGCCUCGUUCUUGGCAUGAGAUGAUUCUGGGUCAGACCUUUGCACUGACCAAAACACAAUUCCACAACCUCCACAACCAGCACAGCUUGAAUCCCAAGACUGUGGACCUGGAGCAGUUUUUCACAGCACGCAGGCUGUUAGGCUGGGUCCAUUCUCUGGACAGGAUACAGGUUCCUCAGACAGAGCUGGAGACAUGGUUGGUCCAGCGGGAACCAGGUUCUCUACUUGGGGGAUUUCCUGAACAGUCCUCCCUGAUAGAGAGUGUCCAAACUGAGCCAACAGUGGAGCAAGGAGCUGUACUGGGUAGUCUGGAGGAAGAUGAGGUGGCACCUGGACUGUCCAUUCAGGUUCCAGAGAGAAUUGAUGUUGACAGAAGUAGUGAAUGGGAAUCCCAAUCCUCUGACACUGAAACCAUACUGUCUUCCAAUAUGAUCACUGAAAAUCAGCCACUGGCCCUGGAACUGGAACUCCACUGGCAGGAUCUAAUGGACAUCUUGGAGCCUGAGAAUAAAGAUGUAGAAAUGAUGGCCUCUUUAAACCACCUAACUGAGUCAAGAACCCCUGCAGCUGAAGCUCUGCCCCAAUGCCUAAGCUUUGGUGGCAAUGCUGGAACAGUGGCUCAUCAAAUGGACCUUCUCACAGGGACUCUCUUGCAGCAUGAUUUGUUAGGGACUCCUGACCAGUUGGAGCAGCAGCCGGUCCUUCUUCCCCUGACUCCUAGUGAUAAGUUGGAAGACCACAGUUCAGCGCUGAACACAGGGGUCACUUUAGAAAACUCCAAUAUGGACUCCUGGACAAUUCCUUCAAACUACACAGAGCUGCUGGGAGAAAAUCCCGCACAAGACUUUGACAAAGGAAUAAAUGCUGAAGUGAACUUGACAACCUUCAGCAUGAACCUGUUAACACAAGAUGUUACCACCUUCAGCUCUGACUUUCACUUGUAUGACCUGAACACUCCUAGUUACAGCAAAGCUUCAAAAGGGAGUGAUUUAAACCGAGACUUAAACCGAGGAACAUCAUCCAGUGUGUUGGAUAAGGAAUAUGCAGACAGUCUUCCCAGCACAAUUAGUGACCUCUCUGAGGAUUUUAACAACCUGGAAGACAUAAACCUGUUGAAUGAAGCACUGGAGGAAGGAUUCAGUCCUGAGAUGGAAGCCAAGCUUGAAGAAGAAGCCUACCGACAUUGUGAAGGAGCCCAUCAGGGAAGUGACAGCGCUGGCAACUGGAUGGAAGAUCAGAGGCAGCCUAAUAUACAAGACGGGGGCUGAGUGGAGACAGACUCAGACUCCGGCCUGUCUUUGGACUUCAUCCACAGCCCUUCUUCUUUUAUUGUUUCUGAAGGCUCAGCAGAUGAUUCCUCUUCUUCUGUUUAAAUAAAUUCUUCUUCAUCCUGUGUGUCAGAUGUGGAAAAUUUCUUUUCUGACGAGGAUUGCAGCAACAAGGGAGGCUUAGCUGGAUCAGAUUCAGAAGUGGAAGUGACCAUCAAGCAAGAGGAGGUGGAAGAAGAGGAGAUGGGAGCUGUGGGAGGAGUUUUUCCUGCACAUGGUAUGCCACUGUUCCGUGCCAGCCAUGAGGAUUACAAACCGUUUCACAGCUUCUCCUGGCUGGAACAUAUAGGCCAUGACCAUACCUACAACAACCAGCCUUUGUCCUCAUCAUCUUCUCCCGCUCGGAGGAGGAUGCCCUCAGAACCGACCAAAUCUGCUGUCAGACAUGAGAAAGACAGGCCAAAUCACCGCUCCUCUUCCAGUCUGGUUUCAGAAGCUAAAAUCCAGAACAGAGAUGAACAGCGAUCACAAGCCCUCCGGAUCCCUUUCUUGUAUGAUCUCAUUGUCAACAUGCCAGUGGAGGAGUUUAACGACCUGCUGACCAGCUACCAACUCAGCAAGGAGCAGCUGACCCUCAUCAGGGACAUACAACGGCGUGGAAAGAAUAAGAUCGCUGCACAGAACUGCAGGAAGAGGAAGCAAGAUGUUCUGCUUACAUUAGAAGAUGACUUGAAAGCACUGAGAACCCACCAGUCACAGUU